CCGCGCGAUUAUAAUUUUAAACGAGCACUAUUCGCGUCGAAGGGAAAAACAAACCCUUAUUUUGGGUACGUUUACCGUUCACCUGUAUUCAUUUGUCGGCGUGGAAAUUAACGGCGCAGUGCUCUUUCCAGAAAUACUCGAGUGGGGUUGUGGGCGAACACGUGACUGGGAAACGUGCCUGCCGAUGCACGUGGACCCGGGCACAUCCCCCGACAUUGGCCGCCGACGCGCCUCGUGCCCUCAACCCUCUUUCGUUUCGAGGUGGAGGAGAAGCUUCCGCUCGUCUCAGUCAUCACCCGAGUCUCUUCGGGUUGCGUGCGUACGAAAUUGCAUCGACGAUCUUCGCGACGACGCGCCGCGAGUCUCUCCUCUCCGCGGACUAAAACGACCGGAUGCAUCCGUGCGCGUAAAUCUGCCGAUCGUAUCGAGAGACGCACCACGUCUUCGACAUUACGGUGCAUCUACCUGCAAUUCUUUUUUUCGAGGUCGCGAUUGCGAUCGCACUGAUUCGGGCCGUGACGCGAGAGUGACAAUCGAUAGAUUCAGGCACUUUGAGGAAGCUGACCGAAUUCGUGCAGCAACGCGACGAGUUUAAUCCACGGUUGUGGAUCGUAAAACGCGAGAUCGAUCGUAGCGGAAGCUUCUCUUUUCGUGGAGAUAAUCGACAAUCACGGUGGAGCGUAACUCUUGUUCCCUCGUCAUCAUGAUUUUCCUCAUUUUACGCUGCACUCGCCCGUAAUACAUUCGCCGUCUUAAUCGCGCAAUAGCAUAAAAGAAAAUAAAUGUCUACAUUUCCUCAUCUUGACAAGAUGUGGAGUUUCGCUUAUUUUUUACGUGACGUGAAAUGUAUGCGAAAUGUUAAUGCAAGACUCAUAUAGUUUCGCGUGAUAUAGUGUUACGGUGUUCUUGACAGCUAACACUUAUAAUUUCCAUAGACUUGACUAACGUAAAAGAAAUCAAAGAUAUGUAUAUUUGAUAUGUUUUAUCUCGCUUGCUUUCAUCGCUAUGAUGUAACUACUACCAUAUUUAAGAAAGAGAUUAGCGAUUGGCGUGUCAUUAAAUACUUUCACACUUUCGCUUUAUAUGCUUCGAGUGACAUAAUCAAUUUAGAAAAAAUUCCGAAUUAUAUUAUUUACAUAUUAUUUAUAUAAUAAAUGUGAGCACAUGUCAUUUAAAAACAAAGGUUUAUAAUAUAUUUCCAUUGAUUAUUUUUACUUUGUCUAUUUUUGUCUUUUCGAAUAUUUUUACGAAAUUAAUGUGUGAAAGGAACAAUAAAAAGUUACUGAUGGUAUAGAUUCUAUACGAAGAGAAAAACUAUGCAAAUAUAAUGUUUUGCUCUCCUUUUCAUAUAUUCAAGUUGACAAAAAGUUUUAGAGGGAUUAUUAUAUUCAAUUAAACCUAUUUAUACUCUGCUAUUGUUCACGAGGUCGGAUGAAAUAUUACGGAGAGUAAAUUUGUAUGACUAUUUACACGAAAGAGUACUUUCAAUCCGUUAAAUUCUGUGUAUCGUCUGCAGGAUUUGUAGACAAUUCAAUGGCAAUCUGCGAAAUGCGAAAAACUGGACAAAACAAAUAUGAUGCUAAUUUGUGUAAAAUUUAGAAAAUUAUAAAUAUAUCGUGACAAACGAUUGGAACGACAAAAGCAAAUCGUUAUUAAAUCAUCAACGAAUUAUUUCGCAAUGCAAGCUCACUGAAAAUUAAUAUUAACUUUGCAAUAUCAAUUGCAAAACGGAAUAAAUAAAUAACAAUUAAAGGUAAAUAUACUUUACUUAAUCAAUAAAAAAGUUAUUCCAUUAUGUCGGAAAGUGAGUAAAUAAAAAGCGAAAUUAAUGGAAUCAAUUUGGUGAUCAAUUUAGUGGAAUUUGACGAAACGAUAGCGAAUUAUUGAACGCAAGUCAAAGUCUGGCAUGAUGUCGAUUCUGCUUUGAAUAGCGAGUGAUUGUGCGAAAACUAUUCAGACCUAAUAUACCAUACAGCACAUCCGAUAAGAAAAAAAGGUGCUAUCGAAUCCAGAAUGGAUUCCUGCGGCGGCUGGACGCGAAUGGGGAACGAGGAUGGUGAGGGGAUGGCCGGUGCAGACGCGACCGCCUCUUGGCAGCAAUGUUACACUUGGUGCACGCCGUACUCGCAUCCGCACCCCCACCAUCACCACCUGCAUCAUCCCCGUCAGUAUCAGGGUAGCCAGUAUCAGCAGCUACCGGGAAGCGCCUCCGCUACGACAAAUGCUUCCACCCACUACCCAUCCUCCCAGCAGCAUCAUCUGCAGCUGCAAAACACCCAGCCGCCGCCUCUGGACCAACAGCAGCACCUUCACCCUAUUAGAGCACAGGGCGGGCUCAGGAGAGCCGUUCCUUAUGACGGACCAGGUAUCCAAUUCGCGUGCAACGCAUUAAUUUUGAUAAUAUCGAUCCAUUUCGUAAUAAAAAAAAAAACGAGGCAAUUUUAUACAAAUUAAUAUGUAAAACUCAACGAUUUACUGUUAAUUAUACUUAAGACAAACAUUUCUUCUGCUAAAUGCUAAGUUACAGUCUUGUUAUGAGACAACGAUUUGAUACUGAGACGCGGAACUUGAUUACAUUUUUACGAAAAUUUUCUUCGUUCUUCUCUUCUUCUCCUGGGUAUUCCAAAUCCCUCUCCUCCGGGGAGAAUUUCCGAAAUUAUGUAAGUACUCCGGUUUGAUCGUCACGCGAUACGUCAAUCACUAAAUGGAUCGAUCUUAUCGAAAGGAUUAAUAUACCUCUAUCGGUUUCGAGGUGGCCUGCUCCACGCAUAUCCUAAAUAUCAUCUCGAUUAUAAUAUCAUCCUCUUAUAGACUUCUUAUAGACUUCUUAUAGACUCUAUAGAUUUCGAUGCUAUACCCAAGAGGUUCGCGUUUCUUCGUUGCGAGUUUUAUGAUACCGUCUUUUAUCGAUAAUACGAAGAAUGAAGGCAAAGAAAGAUUCUAUGGUUUAUACUGCCACAAUGAAAGAGACUUAAUCGAAAAUAAUAUUUACUCGUCGCUACUACAGGCAUCUCGCGCACUUGCACCCUUACGCUGACUUCCUAUCGAUGGUGUUACUCAAGAUGAUCCAAUUUUCUAAAGACGAUAGUAGCGAUUAUAAUAAUGAAAGCCUUAUAGCUGCGAGCGGGAAAAACGUAUCGCGCGACAUAAGACGUGCAUGUGUGAAUUUUACCGAUUAACUUCUACAAUAAACGCAUAAAAAAAGAGCAAUAUUUAUGUAGGACUAUUUAUGCAGUUGCACGAAUUAUACUUCGCAACAAUAAGAUAGUUUUGUUGCUUAUAAAAUAGUAAAAAGAUAUUAAGAUGGAAAAAGAUCCAAUUUCGUGUGACCUCUGUAAAUCCUUUACGUCUUCGUUAAUAAAUCGUAAAUGACAAAUUCGCGAAUUAGACGUUUCCGUCGCCGCAUGACAGCGGCGUCGGAAUGGCGAACAUGCCGAACCAAUUUUUCCGGACACACGUUUGCGUAAUGCGUUUCACGACGAAAGGGAUUUACCACUCCACGAAAGCUCUCGCAAAAAGGCAAGGAGGAAGAGAAGUUGCCCACGCAACCAUCGGUAAAUAGUCCACUGAAUUAUUCAUGGGAAUCUGUUGCUUCCAUCUAAACGGCUGUACCGCCUCGCGAUGCGGAUUUGUUUAACCAAAAGAUGUAUUAGAGAAAUAAAUUGACUUAUUGAGAUACAGACUCAGUGAAGUAGAUAUUUUCA